AUGGGCGGUGCUACGAGACCUUGCGGAUCCAUGGAGGAAUUCCUCAGCAAGUGUCAGCCGUCCGGUGACGCAGCCUACAGUGCGCUCCGAUCACUCCUGGAACGCCUCGAGGACCCGAGUACCCGGACCGAUGCCCGUGUCUUCCUUUCGGAGCUCCAUAAGCGCUUUGAAUCGAAGGAAGCCUCCGAGAGUUGUCUCCGGACCUACCAUUUCCAGAUUCAGGACAUCUAUCUCGGACCACACCAGGAAGAUUUCCAAAAGAGGAACAAGCUUACGAUGAUGGUGAUACCCAGUAUCUUUAUGCCCGAGGAUUGGUCUUUCACCUUCUACGAAGGACUUAACAGACAUCCAGAUUCAAUUUUCAAAGACAAGUCUGUGGCCGAACUUGGUUGCGGCAAUGGAUGGAUAUCCAUUGCGAUUGCAGAGAAGUGGUCACCCUCUAAGGUAUACGGGCUUGAUAUUAAUCCAAGAGCAAUAAAGAUUUCUUGGAUAAAUCUUUAUUUGAAUGCUUUGGAUGAAAAUGGGCAACCAAUUUAUGACGCGGAGAAGAAAACUUUACUUGAUAGGGUUGAGUUUCAUGAAUCUGAUUUGUUGUCUUACUGCAGAGACAACCAUAUAGAACUCGAGCGAAUCGUUGGAUGCAUACCACAGAUUCUUAAUCCUAAUCCAGAUGCAAUGUCUAAAAUUGUAACAGAAAAUGCUAGCGAAGAAUUCUUACAUUCCCUGAGCAACUAUUGUGCCCUCCAGGGCUUUGUUGAGGACCAGUUUGGUUUGGGACUGAUUGCAAGGGCUGUUGAAGAAGGGAUAUCUGUAAUUAAGCCUCAGGGGAUUAUGAUCUUCAAUAUGGGAGGCCGUCCAGGACAAGCCGUAUGUGAACGUUUAUUUGAGCGCCGUGGUCUGCGUUUUAAUAGGCUUUGGCAGACUAAAGUUCUCCAGGCUGCUGACACAGAUAUCUCAGCACUAGUUGAGAUUGAAAAGAACAGUCGACACCGUUUUGAAUUCUUCAUGGGACUUGUUGGAGACAAACCAAUUUGUGCUCGAACAGCAUGGGCUUAUGCCAAAGGCGGAGGUCGUAUAUCUCAUGCUUUAUCAGUAUACAGCUGUCAACUCCGUCAACCUAGUCAGGUGAAGAAGAUUUUUGAGUUUCUCAAAAAUGGCUUUCAUGAUAUCAGCAGCUCUUUGGAUUUGUCCUUUGAAGAUGACUCAGUUGCAGAUGAGAAAAUUCCAUUCCUAGCUUAUCUUGCGAAUGUUCUAAAAGAAAUCUCAUUUUUUCCAUAUGAACCACCUGCCGGAAGCAGACGAUUUCGUAGUCUCAUAUCUGGCUUUAUGAAAACAUACCAUCAUAUUCCACUCACUGCAGAUAACGUUGUUGUGUUUCCUUCGAGGACUGUGGCUAUAGAAAGCACUUUACGUCUGUUGUCCCCACGCCUCGCCAUUGUUGAUGAACAAUUGUCUCGACAUUUACCAAGGCAAUGGUUGACAUCCCUAAAUAUUGAGAAGGCAGAAAGUGGAAAAUCUGUGGAUGAAGCAAUUACAGUCAUCGAGGCACCACGCCAGUCAGAUUUGAUGGUAGAGCUGAUUAAAAAAUUGAAUCCACAGGUAGUAGUUACUGGAAUGGCUCAAUACGAGUCUGUCACGAGUUCCUCGUUUGAGCAUCUCUUAGACAUUACAAGAGAAAUCGGAUGUCAGUUGUUAUUGGAUAUAUCAGACCACUUUGAGCUGUCUAGCCUACCAAGUUCCAAUGGAGUCUUUAAAUAUCUUGCUGGAAAUGCUCUGCCUUCACAUGCAUCUAUUGUAUGUGGCUUGCUGAAGAACCAGGUUUAUGCAGAUCUGGAGGUGGCAUUUGUGAUAUCAGAGGAAGAGACGAUGUUCAAAGCAUUAUGCAAGACAGUGGAACUUCUACAAGGGAGUACUUCUAUAAUUAGUCAGUUUUAUUACGGGUGUCUUUUCCAUGAGCUUCUAGCUUUUCAGCUUUCUGAUCGACAUCCACCAGCACAGAGAAAUGCUGCAACUACAAGAGCUUCUAAGGUCAACGGCUUCUCCACUUCCACCAUCUCAAUGCUCGAUCAUGCUGAGUUGGCAGUAAAUGAACCCGAUGAAUCUCAACUGGUGCAUAUGGACGUUGAUCAGAUCUUCUUGCCCAUAACAACACCUGUUAAGGCCUCCAUCUUUGAGAGUUUUUCAAGGCAGAACAUAACAGAAUCUGAAACUGACAUCACAAAUGGCAUCAAACAAUUGGUCAGCAGCAGUUAUGGCUUCCCGUCAUCCACCAACACGGAACUUACAUAUGCCGACCGCCCAAUUUCACUUUUCAGCAAGUUGGUACUGUGCUGUAUCCACGAAGGCGGUACCCUCUGCUUCCCAACCGGUACCAAUGGAAAUUACGUCUCUGCUGCAAAGUUUUUAAAUGCGAAAAUUGCAAAAAUCGAAACCAACCCAGGAGAAGGAUAUAAACUGACAGAAAAAUCACUUACUGCUGCACUCGAAAAUGUUAAAAAACCAUGGGUCUACAUUUCGGGCCCGACAAUCAACCCCACAGGCUUACUUUACAGUAAUGAAGAUAUUAACAAAUUAUUAUCCGUGUGUGCCAAGUUUGGGGCAAGAGUAAUUCUGGAUACUUCGUUUUCGGGUGUGGAAUUUAACUCCAAGGGGUUCGAGGGUUGGGAAUUGGGAGCGACCCUGGAAAAACUUUCCUCUGCUAGCUCAGCCUUUUGCGUUUCACUUCUUGGGGGAUUGUUUUUUAAAAUGCUGACGGGUGGGAUUAAUUUCGGAUUUCUGCUCAUCAACCAGCCUUCACUGGUGGAGACAUUCCAUAGCUUUGCGGGCUUGAGCAAGCCUCAUGGGACGACCAAAUACACUGUCAAGAAAUUGCUGGAUCUAAGGGAGGAGAAAAGAGGGGACCUGCUGAAUGCGAUUUCUGAACAGACGGAUAUUUUGGGUAGUAGAUAUAAGCAAUUGAAGCAGACACUGGAAAGUAGUGGAUGGGAUGUGCUCGAGGCUCAAGCGGGCGUAUCGAUCAUAGCAAAACCGUCAGCUUAUCUUGGAAAGACCAUCAAGAUCAACAAAGGCACGACCACCCAGGAAAUUAAGCUUGAUGACUUGAAUAUAAGAGAAGCCAUGCUUAGAAGCACCGGCUUGUGCAUCAACAGUGCCUCCUGGACUGGAAUCCCCGGUUACUGCCGUCUCACCAUUGCCCUGGAGGACGGCGAUUUCAAACGCGCACUAGAUUGCAUUUCUAAAUUCAAAAGCUUAUUUGGUUAA